AGGUGGUAGACCUGCUAUAGUUUAUGAAGGAGAGCUGCGAUAGGUACCAUGUCCUUCAAGAGGGAGGGGGAUGACUGGAGCCAACUCAAUGUGCUCAAGAAGCGCAGAGUUGGGGACCUGCUGGCCAGUUACAUCCCAGAAGAUGAGGCACUGAUGCUCCGAGAUGGACGGUUUGCCUGCGCUGUCUGUCCCCACCGGCCGGUAUUGGACACACUGACCAUGCUAACUGCUCACCGGGCAGGGAAGAGGCACGUGGCCAGCCUGCAAGAUUUCUAUGGCAAAAAGCACCAGUGGAAAGGAGAAGAACAGACUCCAAAGCAGCAGGAAGAAUGGAGCUCGGAGAAGACAGGGAACCAGGCUCCUCUGCUGACCCAGACCCGGCUAAUCACUCAAAGUGCCCUGCGCAGAGCCCCAAAUUAUAACAGUUGCUGUCGAAGGCAGAAGAACAGACCAGAAUCUCCUUCGCCCUCAGCUCCCCCCCUCCCGUCCAGGCCCCCACAGACGGAGGCACCUUCGGACCAGAACGCUGGCAGAGCACCCAAGUCUAAGAGUGAUAGACAGACCCGGAAGGGAUCAGCAGCAGCGCCAGCCCCCGUGCCCUUGAGUCCAACCCGACGAAAGGUGUUGGACCAUUAUCUGAGCCUGCGCAGCUCAGGGUGGAUCCAGGAUGGAAGAGGUCAGUGGGUAAAAGACAAGAAUGUGGAGUUUGAUUCUGAUGAAGAGGAACCCCCGGAUCUCCCCUUGGAUUAAUACCCUCCCCCCACCUUUUGUUUAAAUAAACCCGAGAAGAGA